CGUGACUCCCAGUAUUUGAUGCAGUGGGAGACUAUGCCCGAUGUAAACAUCAACCAGCUGUUUUUUGUUUGUUGUUGUUGUUGUCGACCCAGUGAUGUUUCUGUUUAUUAGUCGCCACCAGUCGCAGGGCAACCGCUUGCGUGCUGUACGAGAACGUCUCGGCGAUGAUUUGGUGGCCAAGUUGGAUGCACUGCAUGUCGCUGCAAUGCGUACUGGACUCGUCUCGAUUAAGGAUCUCCAGGAAGCCUUCCGUAAAGCCCACAUGGACCACAAUCCAAAUCGCCUAAAUUUUCUCUGGCUUUUGGGCAUUAUAUUUUUUAUAAUGGUCGCCACGCCCGUCUUUUAUGAGAUCAUAUCGUUCUUGCUAGGUGUUCGAUGCUUUCUGCCCAACAACUCUUUGGUUUGGGAGGCCACCCGACCCAUCAGUGAUUGUGAGUUUUGCAAGGGUGUGAAGGGUCCUCUAAUCCUAUCAAAUUUAACGCGUGAGGAAUUCGCUCCCUAUGCCUAUUCCUCUCUGCCGAUCAUCGUAAAACAAGCUGUCGCCCAUUGGCCAGCGAAACAACAUCUCAACUACAAAUUUAUUAAGCAUCUGUAUGAGAAUACGCCGGGAUCUCUGGAAACUGAUUGCCAAUUCCUUCACUUCAAUUCCGAUUUAAAAUCCUUAAAAGAUCUCCUCGAAAUGCCCUUGGCCAGAGUGGAACAGAGUGAGGGGUCUCCAUGGUUUGUGGGCUGGAGUGUAUGUCAACCUACUGUGCUGGCCGAGCUGCGAAAGUUGUUCCCGCGUCCUCACUUUUUGCCCGUUGAUGCCGAGAUGCCACAUGCAGACUUUAUUCUGAUGGGGUACGAACAAGGAGCAGUCAUGCAUUUGGAAUAUAUACCACGCCUAAUGUGGCAAGCUCAGCUAUUGGGAAACAAGAGCUGGUUUCUCGCACCGGCGCCUGAGUGCGAUCAUCAGUGUCAGUCAUUUUCGUUUUAUGUGGAGCCCGGAGACGCCGUUCUGGUGGAUACUCGUAUUUGGUACCAUGCUAACACCAUUCCUAAGGGCGAAUUUUCGCUAACAGUGCAGUCGGAAUACGGAUGAUCCCUCUCCACCAAAAUGAAAACAAAUUAAUGUUAUAUACUUUCUUCUAUAAUUAAAUUUACCGUUUAAAUCGAACGAUCGGGAAA